AUGGUUGCAGAAAACUUUUACAAACCAUUCAGCGUCUACUGGACGAGGGAAACGUCUGAAGCGUUAAAAACAAAGGAAGACUGCUUUUCUAAACAAUAUCGCGCUAAUGACUACCAUGCACCAUAUGUAUUCACGAGAAUUGGAGAAAAUGCUGCUUUACGCGUCGCGUUCGAGGACUUUCAGCAGAGGCUGUUCACGAAGCGGUACCUGGGAAAGGACUACCGCCUCGAGUCUUUGAACAUGACCGCUGACCAGGUGUUCUUCAUCUACUAUGCACUGAGCUAUUGCAGCGAUUAUUCUCAAGACAGCACCGAUAGGAAAACGUUUGUUCAAGAUAGAGUGAACGUCCCACUGAUGAAUAUGCAAGAGUUUGCAACUGCUUUCAACUGCGCAGCUGGCAAGCCGAUGAAUCCGUCGAAGCAAUGCCAUUUCUGGAAAUGAGAAGCAUUCGGCACACGUGUUCUUCGCUCAGCGUUGUGCGAAGCUUGACUGUUAGUCUAGUAGAAUUACGCCUCUUUAUGCCGCCAGCAUCAAUCUACGCCAUAUACCUAACGCUUGUUUUAA